AUGACGGAGACCGGGAUGAACCUACCGGAGGUGGAGCCCUUCACCUACGUCCGCAUCCCCGCCGACGACGCCGGCGAGGUCGAGGAAUGCCGGUUUGACGGCCACACCGAGGAGGCCCUCCGCGCCCACCUCACGCGUUACUUUCGUCGUCAGCUGCUCUCGCCCGAUCAGCAUCGCGCGAUGGCGGGGCAUCUCGUCGAGGCCGCGAACGACGCCGCGCGGAAGACCGCCGUUCGGGCGGGGACGUCAGAACCUCCGGCGACGUCCGACGACCCCCCUUUGGUGGAUCCCACGCGGCAAUCCGAUCUGAUCGAGGCCUACUUGGAGGAUGCCUCGUUCGAGAUCGUCCCGAUCACGAUGCCGACGCGGGCCUCUCGCUUUAUCGGCACCUCGCUGUACGUGGAUGGCUGUGGGAGCUUCAAAGGGCUCGCGCGGAAUGAUCGGGCGAGCCGGAUCGCCGGGCGGGAGAUCCGCGGCGAUGCCUUUUUGCUUUCCAACCACGACGACCCCGCGUUGGAAACCUGGCGGCGGGUGGAUUGCCGCCGCGGCGAUUUCGACGCGUUGCUCGCGAACCCCCCGGGGGUUCGCGCCGACGCCGCGGAUGCCACCCACAUGGCCACCACCACCCAAAUCCGCGAAGAGGAAACGAAGCGGCUUCGCGUGGAGGACCUCCCGAAGGCGUGGGCGGGGAAAGCGGAAGGGAAUCGCCUGGUCGCCGCCGGGGAUUUCCCCGCCGCGGCGGCGGCCUACACGGUCGCCAUCGAGCUCACCGACGGACGGCGGGAUUUGCUCCCGAACGAGGCCGAGCUGACGGAGCUCCACCGCGGCGCGUUGCUGAAUCGCAGCUUGUGUGCGUAUCGCCUGGGGAAGUUCCUCGACGCCGCGAAGGACGCCGAGCGCGCGAUCGCGCUCGCGCCGGGGAACCCCAAAGGGUAUUACCGCCUCGCGCAGGCCUCCAUCGCCGCGCACGACUUCGCGGAGGCGCGGAAGGCGGUGCAACACUUCACCACCUCCGGCGGAUCCGGCGAGGUCGCGGCGGCGAUGCAGGCCGCCAUCGAGCGCGGCGAACGCGAAGCGAAGGAGAAGCUUCGAAAGAAUUUGGCGAAAAUGUUUCAAUGA